AACAGGAAGCAAAGCAACAUAUUUUUGGUUUUGGUACUAGAGUUGAAAUGCAUUCAUCGGAGGACAAGCACAAGUAACGAAUAAAAGAUUGGAGUCUUGGUACUAAGAUUAAACACGACUUGUCGCUAGAUAUACACAAACUUCUGGUUAAAGAUAAAAAUGGUACACCCUACGCGAAAGAGAAAAUCAUCUGCCGGACUGGAAGACAAUAAUGAUCUGCCGCGACAGAAUAAACGACGACGGUGUAGGACACUAACAUCGCAAACUAGAGCAUCUGCACCUCAGUCAAAGGCACCUACAUCAUCACCUAGGGCACAUACUGUAGCUACAACACCUAAUAGACCAGCGAAAUCCUCGCCUAUGGCACAUAUAUAUCCGCUAAAUGCACCUACACUUUCGCCUAGAACAUCUAAACCAUCACCAACGGUCAUGGGACAACAGCCGUUGGAGCAAGACCAGCAGAAAGUAAAAGAAACAAUGUGCAUGAUACAUGGCGUAAGUGAAGAAGUUCAAGCAGUUGACAAAGGGCCAGAAAAUGAUACACUAGACAUUGGAAAAACCAAAAACGCAAAACUUUGUCAGAAUAUCGACACAAGUGACAAAAAUCCCUUUGAAUAUUUAUCUGUCGACACAAAUGAAAUAUGGCAUUAUAAAGUACCCUUAAAAAGAUUGCCAAGAAAACAUCGUCUACAUGGGCUUGUUGGAACUCUUAUAGAUUACAGUGAAGACAUUGAAAAAGAAUUAGGACUUCCUAAUAUGGACGAAUCAGGCAUGGAACACCUGGACGAUAUUAAUAUGUUCAUUCAGAACAAUACUUUUGAUAUGAAACUGCUCAUUGAAGAUCGUGAAGAUCUCUAUCGCACGAAUACUGAAAUUAGUCAAAUUGCAAGUAGAACAAAGAGUGUUGCUAGAAGCAAAGCUGUUGGUCUUUUUGUGAAAACCGAAGGUAUACAAUUUGUUGAAUCAGUGACUGACAGUACUAUUUUUGUAUAUUCUGAUUCUCAAAUCAAAAAAGAAAAAGAGCACGCGAACGCGAUAAGUAGUUUGAUGGAAGUCACCAUAAUGAGACCAUUGAUUGGGAAAGUUGCAAUUUUUCAUAAACUACUGGGCAUAGCUUAUUCUCAAAGAAAUAGUGAAGACAUCUCUGCAUCUGCAAUUGUAAAGGAGUUUCCGUAUCUCUAUUCUAAUUUAUCUCCCUCGUCGAUAACAGCAAUUGAGACAAACAGUUCAGACGAAUUCUUCAAAUGCAUCCAAGAAAAUAAAAGCAACAUUGAAAGAAUGUUAGGUGAAAUGAUAGCACUAGCAAAUAGAAGCGGUCUCCCUGAAGAAAUUAUGCCUGUAAUUAAAGAGUAUCAGACAGCAGUUGUUAGUAAAGAGGUAGCAAUGGACCUUUUCAAAUUAGACACGGCCAUUACAUGGUGUGGAUUUCGAUACCGCACAUUUCACAUAUAUGUAAAGCAUAAUGAAUCCGAGGAUAAGGAACUUGCAGAGAAGAUUUCCAAAUUUGUAGCAACUCAUGGGAUUAUGAAAUAUGAGGUAAUUUAUAUUGAUGGCGAUUUAGAAGAAUACAGCUAUAUAGGUUCGAUGAUAAGUCCUAAAAUUCAAAAUUCCAAAGAAACAAAAAGCAAAGGUCAAGGUAAAGUUCAAAGGAAAGUUCAAGGUGGUGCUCAGAAGAAAACUGAGGACCAUCAUGCCACUCUUGGAUGUUUUGCAACAUUCAAACAAGGCAAUUGCUCUUCUAUUUGUGCACUGAUUUCAAAGCACUUUGCAAACCAUUUAGGAAAUGGAAUGUUUGAUAAGGAUAUCAGACUUCUGGGAAGAGUUAUACCCGUAACACUAGAUCAAGGACAUUAUGACAUCGCUGCCGCUAAGAUUGUGGAUGACCGAGUGCUCAACUUAGAUACCAAUUUUAGAAAUUAUGAUGGUGAAAUAAAACGUGCAAUCCUAGUUGAUGUGAACAAAGCUAUGCAGAAUCAAGCUGUUUAUCUAAGAGGAGCAAAGACUAAAUUAGGCGUAGGGACAAUAGAAAUACCAUUCUUUAUAAAGUCCGAUGGAAAAUAUUAUAUAAAAGUAAAACCUGGAAGCUUAGAGCAUAAGGAACCAUGUGGCAGAUUAGCUGAAGAAGGAGAUAGCGGUGCAAUACUUUGUUAUGAUGACCUUGAUCAAAAUCUCAAAGUCUGUGGAAUGCUUAUGGGCAAAUGUUGUGAAGGUGAAUCCUACUGUUUUUUACCAUUGUCACAUGCUCUGGAACAGUUAAACGAAAGUACAAAUGGAGAGUUUAAGCUAAUAACUCAUAUGGAAAACUCUCCUGCGCAAAUUCACGCAGUAGGAGACUAUUUGCAAGCAUCUGGAUCUUGUAAAUACCUUACAGACUGAUCAUAAAUUUAAAAUUAAAAAAAAAGACAUAUCAAGAGCUAUAGGGACAAAAUCGAGUAUGUUGCUCUUUCCAUUGUCUCAAAUAACAAUCAAAUCUCAUUUUACUGUUGUUUACAUUUGACUAGUUUAGUUGUUAGCUCACCUGAGCAUUAAGUGCUUAUUAGAUAUGGUUUUUAAUAUAUCGUCCGUCGUUCGUAGAUAUCAAAACAUUCUCCCCUUUAAGCAGAAUUUCGAUUUUGACAGCAUUUCACUGAAGUUAUUCCUAGAUAGCCCUUUACAAAGUUUAGAUACUUGCUUCCAGUGAGAGACAUAGGUAGGUCAAAAGAGCUUAAAUUAUACUUUCAAAUUGUAUCUAAAUCAAAACCCUCAAAACACACCAAAUGUGAUCUUAUAACCUACUUCUCCAGAAGUGAAAAGGUGUUCCAGAACUUUAAAUUUACCAAAUACCACAACUUUUAACUGAUGAAGUUUGUUUGUGCCCAAUAAUUAGCUAGAUUUUCUUAAUUCUAGAUUAACUGUUAACGAUUUUAAGUUGUAAAUAUUAGCGGUGACCCACGCUUAUUUACUGGGGUAUGGUCAGAAUAAAUAUUUGUACUACAAUUGGAGGAUAUAAUGGCCAUUAUGGCACAUGUACGAGUAUAUUGUUACCAAUCAUAGAAAGAAACGCAUUGUGCAAUAAUGCAUGGAACAUGUACAAUUAUCAAUGCUGUAAGUAAAAGAAAGCAAAAUGAAAUAGUAAUAUUCAAGAAAAUAAUUUAAUUAUCAACUAUUGUAUCGCACUCACGAAGAGCAUCCAACAUUUCGAAAACCAAAGCUCCAAAUGAAAGGUCGGAAGACAAAACUUUGGACGGCCAUAACCAGAAACAAAACCGACUGUGUCACAUGGAACAACAGGAGAGACAUGAAAUCAUAUUUCAAACUUUGGUUUUAUGCUGUAGUGUAUAUUUAGUUUUUAGAUGAUCUAUUGAUUUGUGUAACUGUUGUAUGAUGUAGCUCUAUAAUAAUGAGUUUUAGUAUGCUAUAUUGAAUAAACUUGUAAUCUAUGUGCGCUUUAAAAUAUGUUAUGUUCAUAGUAGAAUAACUGUUCUACAUAGAAAGAUUUUCUUAUCUUGUAUGAUAUGAUGCUGUAAUAUGUUGCUAAUAAUAUUGAGAAUUUAAUAACGAAUAUGUCUUGGUCUCUGUGCGAAUCGAUCUGUGUGAUGCUCAUAUGAAACCACUAAUACGCGGUUAUGUGGUAUAUCAAACGGGUCAAGACACGCUAACAUCCUGCCUCUUCAUCAUUGAACAAGGACCCACUCGCACUUAGUAUACGAUGUAGAAUCACGUUUACCGUGGCCAUUUUAAAUAUGUAUAUAUAUUGGUAGCCUAAUAUUAGCCUAAUACUAGUAAUACAUGUUUGACGAGAUGAUGAGUGUAUAUUUAAGAACAAGAUAAAUAAAAUCAUGUUAUGCAAGCCUCCUUUUUCUUCGUUGACAUUAGCACGCUUUAAUGUUUGUACAUAUCGCAAAUGAGUCACGUCAAAGUGUUAUUUCACUUGUGUAAUAUCGUUUAUAUUAAAUGGGUUAAUUACAUGUACACUUCAGCGCCGUGGCUUAUGUGAAAAAUAUAAAUAACACAGGGCAGUCGGUGUGAUAGUGGAUAUUAUCAAUGACUCUAGUUCAGAUCUACUUAUUUCUUCCAUGUAGAUAUGAUGACGACCGUUUCUUUAUCAUUCGGAUAUCCCGCGAAAGCUUUUUUUCUACUCAGUAUUGUUUUUCCAAGGGUUAAAAUUAGAAACCGUAUCGCUUUUCAAAAUAAUGAUUGAUUGUUUGAAAGACCACGAGAAGGUGACUGCCUAUGGGUGAAUGUUAGUAAUUUAGGAGCUGGUUUUAGUUUAAUUGCCAAAGUACUGAUAUACUACGGGUUGACAAUAUCCACUUGUCAGCAAUAUGUUAACCAUCUUAUAUCUUAUAUAAAAAAAACCUGAUAUACAUACACAAACAAAAAAAUACUUGCAAAAAAAAUUUCCUCUGUAAAAUUUUUACUAAAAUUAUAACAAAGAGUUAAGGGGGCAUGUUGUGUUAUGUGCCACAGGGUGAUAUAAUUCCAUUAAUAUUCAUGUUAGAAUCACAACUUUCGAUUUAGAUAUCAUUGCAUCGUUGCUGUUUUUCUCUCCUUUUUUUGUGGUGGUAUUUCUGUAUUUUAUAGGAAGCUGAGAUAUUUGUAUGGUAAUAGUCAAUAUGUGAUUAUUUAUAACUUUGAUCUCUUUGUGAUAUAAUCUGUUUGAUUAUCGUUAGUAGAAUAACAAUUUUGAUUUAUUCAUAUAAAUAUAUAUCGUAUAUCAUGUAUAUAAUUUUUCAAUUUUGUAUGAAUAUGCCACAGUAUUUUUGAAAAGUGAAACCGCAUUUGAUUUCUGACUGUUCUAUGACAAGGUUUCAAUUACAAAAUAAUCUUUAAUUAUUUUUUUGUUGUUUUACGUAUCUGUCUGUUUUACAUACCUAUUCUUUAAUGCCGCUUUUUAAAUUUUUGCAUGAUGUAAUGCUGAGAUGGUUAUUAUAUUAUUCAGUAUGUGAUACAUUAGAGUUUUUAUGUCUGUGUGAUAUAAACCCUUGUACAUUCGUGUUACAAUACUUAAUAUUUGAUACCAGGCCUCGACAUUUUGCGGUGGUCCGUUGGUCCGAAACCACCUUAUUUUGGCAAGGACCACGAUAUUUUAAAAGCCACUGGUCCGGUGGACCUCUUGGAUUUUCUUGUUGGUGCAAAAAUGGCGAUUUAGACAAAAAAGGCAUGUUUACUUAUAAACUUUUUGUUUAAAAUUAUUUGUUCUUAGUACAUGUAUAUGGUUCAUUAAUCUCUGAGAAGGUAAAGAAGUUGUUAAGUCAUUAAUAAUUGUUAUUUUAAGUCGCUAAAUUUCGUUUAUUCAUGUUAAAGGAGUUAAGAAUUUGUGAUUUUAAUUUUGGUAGAAAAUUCAUUCAAACGAUGCUAGUUAUUAUGAUAUCGGAUGAACUUAAAUUUCAGAUACGUUAAUAAUGGCAGCAAAAGAAAGGAAAUGGAAAAAUAUAUCUUGUUAUUCUUUUCUUCUUAUCUUUUUUCACGAUAAGA